AUGGAGUCUCUCGAGGCGAUGCAGGCACGGCAUCGCAAGGAGCAGCGCGACUUGCAAGGGCGGAUCACCAGCAGGAAGAAGAACGCGACGAAGAAGACGCGGAAGGCCGUCGGCGACGAAUGCGCCGAGCUCGAGCGCCGGCUGAGAGAGAAGCAAGCGCAGGAGCUCGCGGCCCUGGAGGGCGGCGCCGAGGGCGCCCAGGACGCGCCGGCCGGAGCGGCGCAGCCCCGCGAGGACGGCUCGCGAGACCGGGACCGAGCCGGCGGCGCCGCGGGCGCGGACGCGGACGCGGCGGACGGGAUAGCGGAACAGCUGCGAGACGCGACGCUCGCCCCAGCCUCGCCCGAAACGAGGCGGCCACCUCCCCCCCCACCACCGCCGCAGCAGCAGCCAGCGCCCAAGAAGCGGAACCGCCAGAAGGAGCGCAUGGCGCGGCGGGCGGCAGAGCAGGAGGCGGCGGCGGCGGCGGCGGAGCGAGAGGCGGCGGGCAUGGCGGACCAGCGGGGGCUCGAGAAGACGGCGCUGCUGCGCGCGUUCGCGGCGCACGGCCUCGUCGAGCGGGAGAUGCGGCCCGACGGGCACUGCCUGUUCUCGGCGGUGGCGGACCAGCUGCAGACGCGGGGGGUGUCGCUGGCGCCUCGGCCUCCCCCGGCGGCGGGCGGCGGCGGCGGCGGAGAAGAAGAAGAAGAAGAAGAAGAAGAAGAAGGGGAGGACGAGCUGCCGCCGUACCAGCGCGUCCGCCGCGCGGCGGCCGACUACAUGCGGGCGCACGCGGACGCGUUCGCGCCGUUCCUGGACGAGCCGCUGCCCGCGUACGCGGCGCGCGUGCGCGACACGGCCGAGUGGGGCGGCCAGCUCGAGCUCGCGGCCCUCGCGUCCGCCUACGGCGUCGCCAUCCGCGUGCUGCAGGACGGGCGCACCGAGACGGUCGAGCCGGCGGGUGGGGGUGGGGGGAGCGGAGGCGGAGGGCGCGACAGGACGACGAUAUGGCUCGCGUACUACCGCCACGGCUACGGCCUCGGCGAGCAUUACAACUCCCUGAGGCCGGCCGAGAGAGCGCCCGAGUGA